AUGUCCAGUAGAAAAGUGCAGGUGUUGAAGUGGAGAGAGGGACAGAGGCGGAAAAGCCCGCGAGUCUAUUCCUUGGAUAAGUGCAAGUCACGGGGAUCGAAUCUUGCGGAUGAUUCUGUUCGCAUUUCGCCACAAAAUGAUAUUGCUGAGAAGAGAAAUGACUCCCAGGACCAGGAGGAGGGGCCAGCUUCCAGGACCAGAGCAAGGAACAAGAGAAAAUUGCCCAUCCCUCAUGACGACGAUGCGGCACUACGGAGAAUUUUAGGUCCUCUUGUAGUUGAGGUGAUUAUAUUCUUCUCCAAGUUACUGGGUUCUUUAGAACCAAGAGGGUGCUGCUCUUUUGACUGUUUCUGUGACACUUCAGAAUUUUCUUUCUUGCUUUUGUUGGAAAUCUUAAUACAGGUUAGAAGCAUAAGAAGACAUGAAGAUCAUGAAGUUGAUAGUGAUGAGCAGCAGGUGAUGCAGGACCGGGCAAAGUCUAAACUUGGAGAUCAUGAUGAGAACAGAAACAAUGGCCAGCAAUCAGCUCAAUGUCUCAAGUUGUCCCCGACACCGGAGAUCCCGGAAAAGCGCGUGCUAGAACUCGUUAUCGACACUUUACAAAGGAGAGACACUUACGAGAUAUUUGGUGAACCAGUUGAUCCGACCGAGGUUGAGGAUUAUUACAAAAUCAUUGAGGAGCCUAUGGAUUUCGGAACCAUGAGAGCUAAACUUCACGAAGGAAUGUAUGGCAGUCUUGAACAGUUUGAGCAUGAUGCCUUCUUAAUUACCAAAAACGCAAUGCAUUUUAAUCCGUCAGGAACCACUUACUUCAGACAGGCUCGAGCCAUCCAUGAACUAGCAAAGCAGGUCUUUCAUAUACUUAGAACCAAUCCGAAUGACUUCGAAUUGCAAUUCUCGGAGACGAGGCGAGUGACUAGGAGAUCUCAGGCAGAAGUUAGGGGUCAAACGAACAGUUCUUCCAGGAGAACUCAUAAGAACGUGAGGUCGAGUCAGGACACAUCAUCAAGGGCUUCCCAAUCUGCAAGAGGUCCAUCGAAUCUCAGGAAUGCCUCGACGAACUCCAGGAGCUUUCGUACUGCUAGUCUUGUGCAAGCAUCAAAUGGACCGAUUUUUGGUUACAGCAGAGACUGGGGACGACAAUCCAGCCUUCCUGAUGCCGAUUGGCGUUCUUCAUACAGGCCUGGGACAUCCCUCCUCAACAGAAGUGAUCCUGUAAGCAAAACAAUCGGGUGUAUACAGCCGCUAAUGCACGUGAAGCAACAGGAUAUCGGCUACAGAGAGAGUCUGGUAUUGUUCUCCAAGGGCUUAGGACCAGCCGCACAGAAGACCGUCGAAAGGAAGUUGCGAGCAUUGGACUUGGCAUUAGACACGUUUGGGCUGGAUGUUCCGCAAUCCUUGCAGGAGAACCGUGUCUCGCGAUCUUCCCCAUCGUCGCUUGAGAAGAACAAGAGCAUUGUCGGAGCAACUAACGCCUGGACGGAAAUUUCAGGAUCACACAACCGUAGAGAUUCGUGCCUUGUGGUCAACAAACCAUGCAAUGUCGGAGCGUCAUCAAAAACUAACCAACCGGAGCGUGCGGCUUCACAAUUCUUGUUCGACUUACCGUACCUGAAGGAGAGGCUCGACCAGAUGAUCUCUUCAGGUCCGGAAAGGUCAGCUCAUCCAAGUCUCCAAGCCGAGAAGCCCUCUUCCAACGGAAAUGCGUACCGGCCACCUUUGAUAUGUGACAAGGAGCCGAACAUCCAUUGCUACAGUCGUAAGCGACGAGGAACGUUGUUUGAUCCGCGUCAUCACACUGAUUCGACCCUUUAA